CACGCAACACCAUACGUAGUAUAUAUAGUAUAUAUAACGCAUCUGUGCAGUGUGCAUUAUUAUAACAGUGCGCGCGGCUCGUUUCGCGGGAGAGGAGUCGCGGGGCCACCACUCUCUGGCAGCUCCGUUUUUUCUUUAUAAUUUAUAUAUUUACAGCGGGGGCAUUACGGGCUUCUUUUUCGCUCUUUAUUAUCGACGCGAUGAAUCUUCGAAAGCGCGCACGGUCAUAAUUGUUCGACUUAAUUGCCCCGUUUUGCACUUCCUCUCUCUCUCUCUCUCUCGAUCCGCAGCAGAAGUGCAUCGGGACUGCGUGUAUGUGUGUACGUGUGCGCGUGUGUGUAUAAUACAGGUGUAUUCAUCGACUCUUGCCCCCCGCGAGAACGAGUCGAAUCUAUACUAUACAUAUACAGCAAUUGUUGUUCGACCGCGAUGCUAUCCUUCUUCUACAGUAUAUACCACCCGCAGCAGUAGCAGCAGCAACAGUAGCAGCAGCUCCGAUGUUCGCGCGACUACACUCCGCCGCGGCGCCGCGUCAUUUUCCAAUAAAAAAAAAAGGCAGUACAAAGCCGCUGUAUAUAUCAUUGGUACUUUAACGCACACUAGCUAUAUAUAGGCAGUGUUCGCGUACAGUGCGGCGCGGCGGCUCGCGGUCGAAUCGCGCGUCCUCGACUCGUUUCUUCUCUCUAUUAUAAAUCAAACGAACUGAUUGUUUGUUGUUUAACUGUGCGAAAACAAAACUUCUGCGCCCGCGAUCACUGUGUGUGUGUUAUGUGAUCGACCGGACAAAACUCAUUACCUGGUAUUUUUUUUUCUGUUUUUUUUCUCUCUCUCUCUCUCUCAUUCAACGCCGCGCGGCUCACAGGUGAAACGAGUGCCUCGUUCAGUCAGUCCUUUGCCUCCAAUUAAGCGUUAUAUAGGCUCGGUCGUCGCGAUCAGAUUGUUGUAUUAAAAAAGAGGCCGUACGAACGCGCUCGCGGUGUGUGCUCGUUUUCAGCAAAGUUUGACCAUAAUACAGCACGGCGCGAGUAAAAAGUUUUUUUAUCCGUGACGUGAUAUUUUUCAUAUUUUAACGAACGAAGCAAAAAAUUGACUGAAAUUUAAAUUUUCCCGAUCUCGAGAAACACGAUAAGACUGAUAACGAGCGUGAGUCACAUAUAGCAAGACGUAUCUAGCAUAGCUAUAUAAGAAAAUAUGAGUGACUAAUAAUACAUAUCUGUGGGCUGUAUUAUUGAAUCGUUGCAAAAAUAUUCACGAGCACCAGAGAAUUGUGCAACUGUGCGUGUGAUUGUUUUUAAAACUUGUGGGCAAAAAAAAAAAAACAAGAAACCUUGAAAACCGCAAAAUGGCUCAGGCAAUCGACGAUCCGUGCGAAAAAGAAUCAAACAAAUUUCUAAAAGUGCCUCCGAAGUCGACGCGGCAGAUCUAUUUGUUGUUCUUGAUACCGGCUAUUCUGAACUGCGCCGUCUACGUCGUAAACUUCUCCGCGGAUCUGGUGGUCGCGGUGCAACACUUCAAAGAGCGCAAUCCAGAAUGGGGUCUGAUCACGAUGACUUUUAUGUUCAUUCCCGCGUUCGCCUACUUCGUGCUGACGGUUACGAGGCCGGGCUGGUGGAUGACCGAAGACGAUAAACAAAAUAAAGGAGGAUGCCUUUGGUUCGCGCUGCAAGUCGUCAAACUCGCGGCGUUUCCACUUUUCGCGCUCUACAGAUAUGCCGGUCUAAUCGUAUUAUCAGUGGACGCAACGUUACUGACUGGCGACAAGAGGAAAAAAACUUUGGAAACUGCUUGUGCACCGGCAGCAAUUGAAUUGUAUUUUUUCCUGCAAGCUUGGUUCCAGGCAGCUCCUCAGGCAGUGUUUCAGGCACACUUGCUGUUCAACGAAGCUGAUACAAUUCGAACAAAUCAGUCAGUGGCUGUUCAAAUUUUAUGUAUUAUAAUGUCGGUAAUUGUGAUAGCUAUAAAAAUCACAUCGUUUCAAAGGUAUGAAAGUCAAAGAAUGAAAGGCAGAAAAGUACCUUGGGCAACAUGGUUCAAAAAGUAUAAAACUCAGGAGCUGGAAAAUAUUGAAAAAAAGCAAUUACUUAACAAGCCACAGACUAAAGAGGCUCAAGAAUCAGUAAAAAAUACUGAAGAAAAACAAGAAAAAGUUGAAACUCCUCCUUUACCUCCAAAAAAUAUUAAGAUAAUUGCACCACCCACUCCUCUCAGAGUCACAACGCUUACCCCCCUAGCUGUACCAGAUAUGCCAGCUCCACCAAGACCAGAUUCCAUUAUAACUGUUCAAGAAGAAGGAAGUAUGAAAGGUAGUACAGAAAAAGCCCUUGACCAAGUAGAAGAUUCAGCUUUUAUUAAAAUCAAUGAUGUUCAAGAAACAAUGAAAAAACCUUCCUUCGAUUAUCCAAGUGAAUAUUAUACUUUUGGCAAUUUAUUGUGUUUCUCUUGGUGGUUUUUGUUCAUUUUAGCUCGAGUUUUAUCUAUAGCUAUAUUUUUCAAAUUUUUCUCUUGGUAUUUAAUGGCUGUAAUUGGUGUUCACUAUGUAAUAAUGAUUUCCUACUUGUUUUAUUAUUCUAAGUACAGCGACAUCAUGAGUCUUUUAAUUAACUUAUGGCUUGGAUUAGUUUACAUUUUUGGAAUUAUUGAAUAUAGAGUUAGACUCAUGUAUGCUGAAAGAUGGAUGAUGUUUUACUAUACAUUUGUUAUUUCUCAAAACAUUUUUAUGACUCUAAGCUGGUACUUCUAUAGUGAAUGGGAAGGACUUGGAUACUUUUUUUCAUUCAAUCUCAUAUUUAUAUGUAUGAGUUUGUGUGUUUUAUCUACCAUUUUUUAUUACACAUUGUUAAAACCAAAAGGACAUAAAGUUUACAUUACUUAAAUGUUGAAAAACAAAUCUGAACUUGAUUUGAAAAGUGAAGUAUUUUUCUUUUUAGAAAAACUCAAAAGGCAGCUAAAAAUGUAUUAAAUAAAAAGACUGAAAGUAUGAUUUAGGAUCUAAUAAGUUUAAACAAUUUUUAUCGUAAUAAUUUAUUAGAUAAUAUAUAUCAAAAAAUAUAUAUUUAAUAGAAAUAUAAUAUAUGUACAUCUCACUUUCCGACUAAAAAUAGUAAAGUAGAAUUAAAUUUUAAAGAAGUUUUGCCUGAAAAUAUGACCAUGUUAUUAUACUACAUCUUUUAACGUAAUAAAUUGGCUAAAAUUAUUUCAUUCAAAAUAUUUAGUUUUGAAACUAAGACACAUUUUUAGGUGAUUAUUAUAAUUUAUACAGUGAAUGACAAAAAAAUGUUUUGUAUAAAUUCCAAAAAACUAUAUGCUUAAUACAAAAAUAUUAUGUUUGGUCAUACGUAGGUGAAUAUUUUUAUGUGAUAAUUUAUAACAAUACUGUACAUUAGUAAGUGAUAUAUUACAUGUAUUGAAAAAUAUAAAAAUAGUAAUACAUAAAUGAUAAAAAAGUUGUAUCAUUACAAAUAAAAAAAA